AUGCGACGUGCGUUCACCGCCCUGCGCUCGGGUUCCCCCGGGCCGGUGGUUCUGGAGAUGCACCAGGACGUGCUGAUGGCCCAGGCCGAUGACGAUGUGUUGGCAUAUACCGCGGUGGGAACGCCGGGCAAAGCCGGCCCUUCGGACGCCGAUGUCCAACGCGCCGCCGAUCUUCUCGUGAACGCCCGGUUGCCCGUCCUCAACGCCGGUGGUGGAGCCAUGGGCGCCGGCGCCGCCGACGAAAGUCAUCGGACACUGGCCGAACUCCUCACUAAUGCCGAGUGGAUGCCCCGGUUCACCGACACCGAAACACCCACCAAUGGCUACCGCGUGGUGUACGAACUGCAGCAGCUCACCGAUCCCGAGCGCACCAUCGCCCUUCACGACGCCGGUGGCAGCCGUGGCUACAUGGUUCCCUUCUGGACCACCACCAAACCGCGCAACUUCGUGGCCAUGGGUGGGAUGGCGGCGAUGGGCUGGUCGGUGGGAGCCGCCAUCGGCACCAAGCUGGCUCGCCCCGAUCACCUGGUGGUGCACCUGCUGGGAGAUGCCUCCUUCGGCAUGACCGGUAUGGAGGUUGAAACCGCGUCCAGGAUGGGUCUGGGUGUUCUCACCGUCGUCAUCAAUAACGGCGGCAUCGGCGGCGGCAUGAUGGGCAUGGAAAAUCCCGCCGGAACUCCUCCUGAGAUGGCCGUCCUGGGUGGUAAUUUCAGCGUCGUCGGUGAGGGUCUGGGCGCCUGGACUGAACGUGUGGAGCACCCUGACGACAUCAGGCCGGCGUUCCAGCGCGCUAUCCGGGCCCGAAGAAGGUCAGCCGGCUUUGGUAGAAGUCAUGAUCCGGCCGUUGCCCACUCCCGAACUGCCCGACGACUGGUCGUUGUAGCCGUUCGUUGCAUCGGUCGCAACUGA